AUGGUCGUGGACACUGGGUACUAUGAGAUCCUCGGGGUGACCCCCACUGCCACUGCGGUGGAGAUCAAGAAGGCGUAUCGGAAGAAGUCCGUGCAGGAGCACCCAGACAAGAACCGGGACGAUCCGAUGGCUACGGAGCGGUUCCAGGCGAUAUCGGAGGCUUACCAGGUGCUGAGUGACGAGGAUCUGAGGGGCAAGUACGACAGGUUUGGGAAGACGGAGGCGGUGCCGAAGGGCGGGUUUGAGGACGCUGCGGAACAGUUUUCGGUGAUCUUUGGAGGUGAUGCCUUUGCAUCGUACAUCGGGGAGUUGCAACUGCUGAAGAACCUGCAGCGGACGGAGGAGCUGAGUGCCGAGGACGAGAGGGAGAAGAAACGGGAGGAGGAGGAGAAGGCGAAGACGAAGACGGAAGGUGAGCCGCUAGCAGGAAGUAACGAAUCGAAGCCCGCGGCGAACGGCGGUGCAGACCAGAACGUGGCCCUUCACAAUGGGGACACGGUGGCCGAUGGCAAGACCGGUGCUGAGGCGGAGGCCAGUAGCAAGAAGAAGACGAAGGUGGAAUUGUUUGAAGAGGAGCAGGAGGAGGAGAAACGGAAACGGAUCAUCGAGUUGAGCCAGGUUCUGAUAGACAGGCUGUCCAUCCUGACGGAGAGCUCCUACGACGACGCCUGCAAGAUGUCCUUCGAGCGGAAGUUUGAGGAGGAGGCCAAUCUGCUGAAGAUGGAGUCCUUCGGGCUCGAUAUCCUGCACACCAUCGGCGAGGUGUACUACGAGCAGGCGAAGAUCUUCCUUGGGUCGCAGAAUUUGUUCGGUUGGGGGGGAUUGUUCCACUCGAUGCGGGCGAAAGGUGGGCUUGUGAUGGACACGCUGCGGACUGUAUCCGCUGCAAUCGAUGCGCAGAGCACGAUGAAGGAACUCGAGAAGAUGAAGACGGCAACGGAGAACGACACGCCGUUACUGGAUAAGAACGGCGUCGAGAUCGCGAAACCGUCACCAGAGGAGGUAGCACAGCAGGAGCAGCUUCUUAUGGGCAAAGUGCUCUCCGCUGCGUGGUACGGGUCCAAGUUCGAGAUUAUGUCCACGUUGCGCGCCGUAUGCGACACAGUGCUGAAUGACGAGUCUGCAGGGGUCCCCACAAGGAUAAGAAGAGCAGAGGCACUGAAACUCCUCGGGAAAGUGUUCCAGCGGUCCUUCCGGACCAAAGUGGAGCAAGAGGAGGCACAGGUGUUCGAAGAGCUGGUCACAGAGGCAACCAAGAAGAAGAAGCAUUCCAAUUGA